UUUAAUAAUUUUUGUUACGAUGCAGAAAUUUCAAAUAAAAUCUCCAGGAAAAGUUAUACUUCAUGGAGAACAUGCAGUUGUAUAUCAAAAACCGGCUUUAGCCGCAGUUGUCGGGCUUGCCACAAAUCUGCAGUACCGCCCACUACCAGAGAGUCAAACAGCAACAAUAAAAUUAGAUACAUUGAAUUGUACGCUAGAAAUUCAAUUGGAGCAGUUCAAUGCCUUUCUGUCAGCAUUUCGUGCAAAAUACCCCAGUGAGAAACUCGAAUGUACUGCGAAACUACUUGAAGAAGUACGCGCUGAAGUAGCUAAACAGUUAGACAAUUCCGUUACAUCAUCAGCUAAACAACAACACACAAAUAAAGCAUUUCUAUCAAUCUAUUAUCUCCUAUCAGGAGCUAUUAUCUCAUCACCACAAAAUGGCCUAAAAUUGCAAAGUGGUUUUCAGUUACAUAUUGAUUCAGAGCUUAGUAUUGGUGCUGGGCUUGGCAGCUCUGCUUCAUUUGGGGCAGGUAUAGCUACAGCAUUUCUAAUAUUGGCUGGUCACUUUGACAAAGUAACUUAUUUGCAAGAAGAAAAUCAGGCAUUAAUUUCACAUUGGGCUUUUGAAUCAGAGCGUGUCAUGCACGGCACUCCUUCUGGUGUAGAUAAUACGGUUUGCACUUACGGCGGCAUGUUACGUUUCACCAAAGGACAAGGUUUCCAACCAUUAAAAAUACAGAGACCCCUAAAUAUUUUACUUGUAGACUCUCGUGUUAAUCGCAGCACUGCCGAUAUAGUAGCUAAUGUACGUCAUUUGUACGAAACAUUUCCGAAAGUAUUGGAUUCCAUAUGGAGUGCCUGUGAAGAACUUGUAGCUGAAGCUGUACCACUUUACGAAAAUUUUGGAAAUGGUAAAGAUGAUAGCGAAAAAUUUGGAAACCUUGAGCGUUUGUUUCAAAUAAACAAUGAUUUAAUGAAAGCUAUUGGCGUAACUCAUCCUAAGCUGGAACAAAUAUUUACGAUAUCAUUCAAACGUGGAUUUUUCAGUAAAUUAACUGGUGCUGGAGCGGGGGGUUAUGCCAUUGUUUUGUUGCCUGAAAACUAUCAAAGCAAUGAAGUUUAUGGUAAACUUAAGGAGGAAUUGGAAGCAGCUGGAUUUGGAGUGCAAGCUACAACUGCAGGUGGUGAAGGUUUACGCGUGGAAGACCUUGAUUAAAAAUUCGUUUUAAAAUAUUAAAUGUUUAAUGAAAUGCUUUAUUUUUUUCUUUAAUCUUUCAAGAAUGGUAUAAUUUUGUUCUGCUUUAUAAGGUACUUAAUAAAAAUAUCUCAUUAAUUAAA